AGUUACAAUAAAAGUAAUUAUACGGCAACUUCAUCUACAACUUACCAUACUGUCAACGAAACGUCGAAAAUGUGGGAAAAGUGUAUGAAUAGUUAUCACAGUUUACGGUGUAUAUUAUAAUGAUUGAAUCAUGCAAUCAUGUGGCCGAUGAGACACGAAACCAUGACCCGCGAUGAAUGCAGAAAAUGUUUACGAUGUUUGGAGUUAGAAGCUUAUGGAAAUAUGGUGUCUGUCUUACGUGCUCAAGGUCCUUUCACUAGUGAAAAACAGAAAUUGCUACAAGAACUUGCUAAAGUUUUACAUAUUUCUAAUGAACGACAUCGUGCUGAAGUACGAAGAGCUGUUAAUGAUGAAAAAUUAGCAACAAUAGCUGAGCAGCUAAGUGGUCCAAAUACUGGUACUGAUUGGACUAUUGAAGGACGACGUGCUAUUCCACUUUUACCAAGAUUAAAGGCUCGAUCUGCAUUCACAACUUUAGCAAAUAGCUUGUCCCUUGCAACAGUAGCAGCAAACAAAAGGAAUCUUCAUGUUCAUGAGAUAGCAGAGGAUGCAAAAGAUAUUACAAAUGAAUCUCCUGUGAAGGUAAAAGUACAAGAAAACUCGUUUAGCAAUCAUGAGUUUGCAUCUAGUGAAGAUAAAUUAAGUGAUGAAAAUGUUCUAACUGAGGUCACUGAAUCAGAUAGGAAUAAAGAAGUUAAUAAUCACAGCAAUACCUCUGAUAGCAGUGAAAAAUGUAUUAUACCUGAGAAACGUAAAGCCUCUUCUCCUCUCUCACCAGCACCUCCAAACAAGGUUCUGGUAGUAUCUUCAAGUUCAAUAGGAACUUUUAAUCAUGGUACUGCUGAUAAAGGAUCGCUAGAAAAUACUAUUCAUUUGUCACGAAUAUCUACAAAUUCGUUACAGCAUCAAAAUGUCACUAUAAUACCAUUAAAUAUUAAUUGUGGAGAAAAUAUUACAGAAUCUAAGGAAUCAGUAGUACAAGAAAGUGCCAGUAACCAUUCAGUAAUUCCACCUGGUAAUUUUGUGAAUACAGUAAUCCCAGUAGGUACAAAUAUUACAAAAGCUAAAGGAAGAGUAAUUACAACGCAAAAUAAGCUUAAUACAAAAAUCGGAUCUGCAAUUCUGGUGUCCGGUAAUGUGUCAUGUACAACAGGAAAUAAAUUUCAGCCUGAUGUUCAAGAUGUAUCUACACAAGAUAGUUUAAGUUCAAAAGUAUCCAUAUCUCACACUUUACAAAAACCAUCAAGUUCAGAAAAUUCAAAUUCAGUUACAAGCAGCACAAAGUGCAUUGUGCCAGUAAUACAUUCUAACAUAAAACCUCCAAUACCUAAAACUAUUACCUCCAGUAAUUCACAUCGACUGAUGGCUGUUUGUCCUGUUACAACAGUAUCUAAUGGACCAGGGCCACCUCAAGCUAAGCAAAUAACAACAUUAACUUGUAAAAAAUUAUCUUCAACGCUCAACAAUCAAACCACUGCCAAGGGUGUUACACUAAAUUCUAAUAAAACUGUAAAUAUAUCUCACCACCCUGAUACAAAAUUAGGAUCUAAAACAAACGUGAUUGUUAUACAAAAGGGUCAAACCAAAGGUGUUACUCUCUCUCAAGCAGGCAAGGAAGUAUUAGGGAAAGUAAUAAUGGGUGGAAAAAGUUUGUGUGUCACGAGUCAACACAAUGCUCCUAUUAAUGUGGUUCAGCGCCAUGUUACAUUGAAUAAUGGAGAUCAAGGUCUAACUAUGCUAUCCACAACAAACUCAUCUCAUACUGAAUCUAUAACAUCUAAUGUAAAGUCUGGUAAUACUAUUAUGUUCAAUCUUCGGCAGGAUGUUUUGGAAAAAAAUAAAGCACUCUCUCAUCUUCUUGAAUCAUCUCAUGUUCUUACCUCUGAAUCUAAGACUGUGAUACAAAAUACUAAUGCUCUUCUUUCAAAGGAACCAAGUAACAGUGAUUUACAUGUACAGGAUAAAGAGCUAGUUUUAAAAACCGAUGCUGUAAUUGCUACUGUUAAAGAUGAGAAACACAGGAAAGUAAAGAUAUAUAUGCAAAUGCAAAUUUUUAUUUAACGAAUUAUAUAUGGAUCCUCUGAACAUUCAAAAAGUAAACAAAUAUUUUCAAAUUCAAACUACAAUAUAAAUACAUAAGGUAAAUUGAUGAAAUCCUAUUUGAUGGCUUUCAUGUUUUAGUAUUAAUUUUACUUUUGUACAAGAUUACGAAGUGUCGUUUGUAUAUUUUUUUUAUGAUUUAAAUGAUUUAUUACAUUGCUUAAAUCAUUUUCUAAAUCCCAAGUUUUUGUAUCUGAUCUCAUGAAUAGUAUUUCAUAAUUUUCCAUACUUAUUUAAUGCACAUUGUCUUUAAAUAAACAUGAUGAUAAAACAUGAUAAGUAGAAUUGCAACUAUUUUAAAAAUAUUUAAUACUUGAUAUAAAAUUAUAUAAUUUAAAAAAAAUGUUUCUAAUGUGCAUUAUUAAAGUAAAAAAAUUUUAACAAGAAAGAGUACUAAAUAAAUAUGAAAAAGAGGAAUAUAUAUAUAUAUAUAUAUAUAUAUAUUCCUGUGCAUUUAACAUUUAACGAAAUUUUAAUCUUUUUAAAGAAAUAAGCCUUUUGUCGGAGAGUUAAUUUAUACAAUUAAUGUUUGUAUGAAACAUGAAGAACAGUACAAUUCUUCAGAUACCUAUAAUACAGUAUAAUUAAUUUACAUUUGGUAUGUGCCAAAUUUGUAAGUCACUGGCAAUUAAACAUUUAAUAGAAAAGAAACCUACUAAUGAUAAUCGUACUUUAUUGGAUCUAAAAAUAAUACUUUUUGUGUCGUAACAAAUUUUGUACACAAAAUAACAAAUUAUAUUAAAUAUAUCAAACAAUGCAAGUUUUCAUAUCCGUACUGUUAAACUUAAGUUCUGUAUAAAUAAAAAAUACAUUCAUUAGAUCAUGUUAUGCCAUUCCAUAUUAAAAAUUACGAAAAUGGAAAACAAUAUGAUUUCAGAAACAAGUCCUUUAACAUCAUUUAACAUAACAUAAAUUGUAUAUUUUGAAAGAGAAAAAUCUAUCUAUAGAAAAUUCCAUUCGUACUUAGUAUUGCACCUGACUCGCAUUUUAAGGUACUAUUUACGUAAAGUCUAAUUUUACAAUUGUUAAUGUAAUUUCUUACCGAAGCUGCCCAAGGUAUUCGGAUUCUUAGAAGAUGUUAGUAGUAUCUUAUUUAACGUAAAAUCUGUGUGACCAUGGAAACUGAUAUUGCAUAUUUUUUAUUGUUGCAGCCAAAUCGAAUACGCAUCGCAAUUAUAUAUAUAUAUGUUAAAUAGAGAAAUUUAUAAUUCUGACACUUGCUCACGCUUUGUAUCAUUAAAAUAAUGUAUAUGUAAGAUAUAAACAGAAUCUUUCAAGAGCCAAGUACAUAGAAUGAUAAUCAAACUUUAUAUACAUAUAUAUACAUAUAAAUCAUAGUUGUUUCUUAUGAACUCCAAAACGGUUCUAUUGAUUCUGAUUUUAGGACUCUAAGUUAACCUAAUACAUAGAAAUAGAAAUUUAAAAUAUUGAUAAACAUGUAUAUAGACUUUGUUAAAAAUAAGAAAAGCUUUCAUUUAAUUCAAAAAAGGAAAUAUGAUGAUACAGUUCUAAAUGAUGAACAAUUUAUAUACAGAUAAGUACAGACAAGGCACAGAACUGUAUCUUGUCUUUCAAAAAAUCAAAAUGUUCAUUUAAUGUUGUUGUAUAUAUACAUAUAUGUAACUUUAGAACUCGGCUAUUCCAAGACUAAUAUUGGUAUUGAAAGUAUUAAAUCUGUGCAAAAAAAUAAAGAAUACACUUUUAUAAGUUUUAAUUCAGUUAAUAAUCUGUUUUUAAUUGGGAAAUUUUAAUAUUUAGAUAGUAUUUCUAAUUUAUUAUCAACUGGCUUUUUGAUGGAAUGGUUGAAGUGUGUAAUAAAAAUUUAUAUAGAGAA